AUGGUAGAUCCUAAUCAUACCGACCUGGGCUUGUUGCCUCCAGAAUACUCGCCAAUAGACGUGACCGAGAAUCUAGACCGCGGAACGGAAGCAAACGUGUCUUUAGUAGGAGACGAUGGCAGGAUUGAUCUUAACACAAAGUCAAGAUUAUUCAAAACUCUUUCUAGGGUGGUAGAUCAGCUUCCAAAGAGGAAGUCCCACGAUGAACCACCGCCCUACGAUGAAGUAGCCCGCCAGCAAUUUAAUCUCAAGUUAAAUAUAGUUAUCCAAGUAGUUGGAAGCCGCGGUGAUGUCCAACCUUUCAUUGCCCUAGGCACUGAACUACUCCGUCAUGGUCAUCGAGUCCGACUAGCUACUCACGACACAUUCGCCGAAUUUGUUCGAGACUCUGGGCUAGAGUUUUAUCCGAUCGGUGGAGACCCAGCAGAACUAAUGGCCUACAUGGUCAAGAACCCAGGAUUAUUUCCGAGUAUGAAAAGUUUAAAGGAUGGUGAUAUUCAGAAAAAGAGAAAAAUGAUUUCUGAGAUCCUGAAGGGAUGCUGGAACUCAUGUAUCGACAAAGACCCUGUGACAAUGUGUCCCUUUGUCGCCGAAGUCAUCAUAGCGAACCCUCCAAGCUUUGCUCAUAUUCAUUGCGCACAGGCUCUUGGGAUUCCGUUACAUCUUAUGUUUACGAUGCCAUGGACUAUUACAAAGGCCUUCCCCCAUCCCCUCAUAAAUAUGGAUCUUACCAAUUCUUCGAUACCAGUUGGUCAUGCCAAUCGUGUAUCGUACCUAUUCGUGGAAUGGAUGACCUGGCAGGGACUGGGGGAUGUGGUUAAUUCUUGGAGGGAAACGCUGGACUUGGAACCCAUACCAACCUCGGAAGGACCUACGUUAGCAGAAACUCUUCAAAUACCUUUCACAUACUGCUGGUCUCCUAACCUUAUACCAAAGCCCUCUGACUGGCCUUCUCAUAUAGACGUAUGCGGUUUCUUCUUCCGUGAACCCCCAUUAUAUAAGCCACCUGAUACAAUCGAAAAAUUCUUACGAGAUGGACCACCACCGAUAUAUAUCGGGUUUGGAAGUAUUGUUAUCGAGGAUCCCGCAAGUUUGACCGCCACCAUAUUACGUGCGAUAAAGAUUAGUGGAGUUCGUGCCAUUAUCUCACGUGGAUGGAGUAAGCUCGGGGAUGUUGGGGAUGAAGACAACGAGAACGUGAUAUUCAUUGGAGAUUGUCCUCACGAAUGGCUUUUCCAACAUGUUACAGCCGUGGUACAUCACGGAGGUGCUGGAACAACGGCCUGUGGGCUUCUUAAUGGUCGACCUACGAUAGUUAUUCCGUUUUUUGGGGAUCAACCCUUCUGGGGCGCCAUGGUUUCCAAUGCGGGUGCUGGACCUCAACCUAUCCCCCCAAGCCUCUUAACCAGCGAGAAUUUGGCCGAAUCCAUCAAGUUCUGUCUUACAAAGGGGGCAUUAGCAGCUGCUAAGAAUCUCAGUGAAAAAAUGAGAAAUGAAUCCGGCGUUAGGGUUGCCGUUGAUCAAUUCCACGCGAACAUUCCCGCCGACGAGUUAAGGUGUGAUAUUCUGAGGGAUAGAGCUGCUGUCUGGACGUAUAGAAAAGGAACCACCCGACUGAAGCUGUCAAAACUCGCAGCAGAGAUUCUAGUAGAAAACUUAAGGAUUGAAAAGAACCGUCUGGAGCGGUAUGUCCCGAGGCCAACAAUUAUUGACCCAGUACGAUGGGAUCCCGUCACUGCUACAGCUUCAUCACUCGUUAGUACAUUUAAGGGUAUGGUGGUAUCGACAUCCGACAUUAUAGUCAAACCAAUACAAGUAUAUCAGCGACAACAAAGGGGUAUUAGCCCCUCACUGCCCCCUGAUACCCUUACGAAGGGCAAUGAUUCUGGGCCGUCAGCUUUUUCAGUAGCUGCUAGCGCAAAAAACGAACAUCAAUACCGAAGUCGACAGUCUUGCGCCAAUAUUGGAGAAGCUCUGGCUGGAUCAGCUUCCGGGGUCGGAGGGUUCUUCAAGCAUUUCUUCAAAGGUAUGUAUAUUGACAUGCCUCUAGCAGCCACUGAAGGACUACGGGUUUUGCCGAAAUUAUACGGCGAGGAAGUUCGUGAAAUAAAUAAAAUUACGGAUUGGAAAUCUGGCGCGGCUGUCGCUGGUAAAAACUUUGUUGAUGGUAUCACGGAUGGCUUCACGGAUCUAAUCCAGGAGCCCAUAAAAGGAGGCAGAAAAUUGGGUACACUUGGUGCCAUCAAAGGAGUUGGUAAAGGGUCGGCGAAUAUGGUUGCCAAGGUAUCAUCGGGAGAACAGAAGGACGGUAUUUAA